AUGUCAAAUGAUCUAUCCCCCCUCCAGUCUGUCAGCGACGGCACAGGAGAAGGGGCCCCUCAAAAGCAACAAGAUGAGGCUCCAUCGCAGGCAAAUCAAUCGCAACCGGCAAUCCCCCGACAAGAUGACAAUCCAAGAAGUCCUAAGAGGCGGCGUCUGUCUCCUGCUGAAGGGGCGCCGAACCCACAAUCUUCCUCUGUCGCGAGCGCUGAGCAGCAAAAGAUGGAGACUGGACCAACGGUGGUGCCUCAAUCUACAAUCACGAACGUCUCUGCCUCGGCCAGCACGCAAAGCCAUAAUGUCCCUCCACAGCCUCCAAAAGCGCAGCCUAGUAUAGUCAGGAACCGACUGGACAGCCUCCCGGUGCUGGAGAGUCUCGCCGCGGACAUAUUGACCUUUCUCGCGAGCCUCUCACCGACUGAAGCCUUGGGUUUGUCAAGGACGCCAGCCACCCUGAAAACCCGUGAAUACCUCGGGUUGCGAUCGAAGUUCGACCCCAUAAGGAGGAUGUUUUACACGGGGCAGCCGUUCCUCUCGGCGAGCGACUUGCAGUUACAAGAUGCGAAUCACAUUCAGGCAAUACGCAAGAUCAAUCAAGCCAUAUUUAUGUCUAGCAUAUUCACAGGUGAGAUUGGACUUCGAGACAUGGACCGGGGGUUUCUUCCUGUGCUUGUGCCAGAGAACGGGUUUCUUCAAAAGUCGCAAGCCUCUGUGUUCCUGGCUCUCAAAACGCAGGGAUUCAUAACUGCUUGGAGGACAGGAGCAGCUCCGCCUCAUGUGGUUGUGGCCGAUAUGUUCGCCCCAGACUUGGAUAAGCAGAUUCUGGCACGGCGACCAGGAACAACAACCUUGGCACCAACCGAGCAAGACUUUCUGAGUCAGGUCACAGCACGGCGUGAAAUCUUGCAAACUCAUGCACAAAAUAACACACUUGAUCAGUUGGCUUUGAAGUAUCCAUGGGAUGAUUUCAGUCGAGAGGUAUCGUCUUACUUGUAUCAAAGUAUUGAGAGUGCUUCGAAAAAUGGCGGAGGGCAGGGUGGUAGUGACACUUCGAAAACGUCUCAGCGUGGCCAGAUGGAAGGGCAAUUCUCGAUACACGCUUCACCCGCUCCUACCGGGUCCACCGAAUCUAUCUACAUGCAAAUCACCCAAGGACAGACCCCAAGUAUCUCGCUUUUUGGCCAAGAAUUUAUCGCGCAAGCUGCUAGAGCCGCAGAGAUUGCCAUGAAAGGACUAGGAGCUGUGUCGGCUGCAGAAGUCGCCUCGACAGCGGCUCCCAGUGUACCUCCCCCGGCCAAACCAGCUACCCCUGCACCUCAAAAUUCCCUACCAGAGCCUCAACAAUUUGAACCAGCUUCUGAAAAAACCAAGUCCGAGUCUCCUUCCUCUGGCCCUGGUGGAAAUCCAGACAUUCCUCACAGCUCACAAACAGCACCUACUCUCGUGCUAUAUGAGCGAGCCAGACAAGCAGCGGCAGCGAAAACGUCGUUGACUCCUAGGAAAGGGGUCAUACCCGCACAGAGGCGUCCCUGGACUCCGGAAGAAGAGCAUACCCUCAUGAAGGGAAUUGACCAAGUCAAAGGUGGCCAUUGGAGUCAGAUACUCGCUAUGUACGGCCCUGGCGGUACUAUUAACGAAACCCUCAAGGAACGAAAUCAAGUUCAACUCAAGGAUAAAGCGCGAAAUCUCAAGCUGUAUUUCUUGAAAAGUGGCGUCGAAGUACCUUACUAUCUACAAGCCGUGACUGGUGAUCUUAGGACUCGUGCUCCAGGACAAGCCUCGAAGCUCGAGGAAGCCCGAGAACGCGAGAGGCUGCAAUUAGAAGCAGAUCAAGUGUCCUUUGAAGAACUGGAAGGGGACGAGCCACCACAUCCGAACAUAGUCGAGACUAGCACGCCUCUGCCAACCCAGUCAUCGCCUGCCACCAAUGACACAUUACAACCGAGUCCGCUCAAAGACAUGGAGCCAAAGAAAUUCGAACCGAGUAUGGCUGAUGUUGAGGCGAUGAUAGCUCGAGCAGCCGCGCAAGCCGCACAGGAAGCAAAGUCAAGCCUGCCCGGAUCGUGA